CCGAAAGCCUACGCCCCGGGCCCCUCCCAGCUGCGGCUCAACUCACACUUCUCCUCCACCAGCCGCAGCCGGGCCGCCCCGCCCCCUUGACGGGGACUUCAGUUUUCCGUUGCACGACGUGCAGACGGUUUUUCCCCUCCUGACCCUUUAUUUCUCCCGUGGGUUCGCCUGCCUGUACGCCUGCUUCCGGAGGAGCGCAUUUUCGCGUCCCUUUGCGCCUUGCGUGCGUCUCCCCGGUGCGCUCCAAUCUUGCCAUUCCCGGUGGCGGGCAAGCAGUGACAGCGCCGGGCCCCUGCGCGCCACCUACUCUGUCUGGCUGUCCCAGCCACGCAGCGGGUUUCCAAGAAGACGCGCUCCCGCAGCACUGAUUCUUCCUGAACCUACUCCACCACAGAAAGGUCAAGAAAGAAUCCAUCCCGACGUGUGGCCAUCUGGCUCCGGGAAGCAAUGUCUCAUUCUGUUCCAUGUUAGUGAUGUCCCACGGAGUACAGAAGUCCAUGCCAGCAGACAGCCAGGCUACAGGAGGUCAUAAUCCAGAGACCAGAUCUAGAUCCAGUGUCAUUUUCAAGACCAGAGGCUUGGGAACCCUAAGCAGUAGGAAUUUUUCGAAACGGAGGUGGUACUGGUUGAAGUCUCAAAGGAACAUAGUUCAGUGAGUAGAGUGAGUGAUGAUAACAAGGACACAAGCCAAGCUGCCUGGUUUCCUGUUCUGGGGCUGCCACUUACUGGCUGUGUAACUUGGGGAGGUAUUCUGGAUGGAUGGCUGCUGGAAACCCAUUACCAUAGCAGGCUCUUCUUCAAUACCUGAGGACUUACUCUGGCAUUGAGUAAUGAGAAUUUCGAAACCACAUUUGAGAAUCACUUCCAUCCAGUGCUAUGUGUGUUUACUUCUAAAUACUCAUUUUUUAACUGAGGCUGGCAUUCGUGUCUUCAUUUUGGGCUGUAUUAGUGCAGGUAUUCCUAAAACAGAGGCUAACUGGGAAGAUGUAAGAAAGGAUUUGCAAAAAAUUGAAAAUCUUAUUCAAUCUUUACAUAUGGAUGCUACUUUAUAUACAGAGAGUGAUGUCCAUCCCCGUUGCAAAGUAACAGCGAUGAACUGCUUUCUCCUGGAGCUAGAAGUCAUUUCACAUGAGUCCAGAGAUGGAGACAUAGAGGAAACAGUAAAAAACCUGAUCCUCCUAGCAAACAGUAGUUUAUCUUCUAAUGGGAAUAUAACAGAAUCUGGAUGCAAAGUAUGUGAAGAACUGGAGGAAAAAAAUAUUACAGAAUUUUUGGAGAGUUUUAAACAUAUUGUACAAAUGUUCAUCAACCCUCCUUGAUUGCAAUUGAUCCACUUCAGUGUUUCUGUUAUUAACAAACAUCUUCCCCGAUGCUUAGAAGCAACAAAACACUCUGCAUUUCAAAUGUGCUGCCAAAACAAGAUGUUCCAGCAAGAAGAUGAUCAGGAUCUUGGAUCAUGUGAACUCCUAGAAAUGAAGGCAGGAAAAUGUCAGUGACAAAGUUAACUAUGCACUUUUCUCAGACUUAUUUUCCUCAUUUAUUUUUAAUUUAUUGUUGAAAUUGUACAUAUUUGUAACAUAAUGUAAAAUUGUGAAUAAAAUUGUGUACUUUUCAUCAA